AUGGCGACCCCCGAGCAGCUCCUCGAGGAGUGGCAGGGCAAGAUCGUGCCGCAGUCGUUCAACGGCGGCUUCGUCACUCUCAGUUACAUCGUCUCUUUCAUCGGCGCAGCCUGCACACUGGAGCUGCUCAACCGACGGACCGCCAUCAAGGGUGUUUUCAACCAUCUCCUUCUCGUCAGUGCCGCCAUUACAAUGGGCGGCAUCGCCAUUUGGUGCAUGCACUACAUUGGCAACCGCGCCAUCGAAAUUGCCGACGGCCAGGCAGAGCUUCAGAUCGCCUACUCCGAUGGCUUCACCGCCCUCUCCUUCUUCAUGCCCAUUGUCGUGCUGCUCCUCGCCUUCUCCGCCACCGGCUCCAACAGCGUCAGCUGGUGGCGUGUCACCAUCUGCGGCGGCUUGGCCGGCACGGCCAUCUGCGGCAUGCACUACAUCGGCAACGCCUCCAUCGAAAACUUUACCUGCGAAUACAAAGUCGCCAAUGUCGUCGGCUCGGUCAUCAUCGCCGUCGCCGCCAGCAUCGUCGCCCUUGCCCUCUUCUUCAUCUUCCGCUCGUCGUGGACCAACUCCUGGUGGCGCCGCGGCCUCUGCGGCAUCGUCCUGGCCGGCGCCGUCUCCGGCAUGCAUUGGUGCGCCGCCACCGGCACCAGCUACCAGCUGCGGAAACUCAACACGGGCAGAAGCGACCUCGCCCGCAUCGCCACCGUCAUCGUCGUCGUCUGCCUGUCAGUCACCGCCUGCUUGGUCAUUGUCGGCAUGGCCGUCGCCACCAACAUUGCCAUGAAGCGAUCCGCCCAAAAGGCGCAGCAGGUCGUCCUCGCCGUAGCCCUGUUUGACAAGCACGGCCGCCUGCUCGUCAGCCCGGACGGGCUGCUGCCCUCCGAGAAGAUUACCGACACCUUUGUCGGCCGCUCGGCGCACGAGCUCUUCACCGUCCAGCACGCGCUCUUCCAGUGGAUGUUCCGCGCCUCGCGCAACUGGAACAGCAUCGAGCCCAUUCUCGACGGCAUGCACAACCACCUGGCCCACCUCCCCACCAAGAAGACGGGCCGUGACGAGGCCAGCAACAGCAACAAUGGCGAUGUCCUGCUCAUUGGCGAGCACGGCGAGCCCAUUGAGAACUACGAGGCCGUCAUCUGCGAGCUGUUCUGCACGGCCGCCGAGGCUCUGUCUGCCAAGCUCAAGGUGCCCCUGGGCAAAGUGGGCGUGCUCUGGGACGAAAUCAUGGCCACCGGCGACGGCGGCAGCCAUCGCAGCGUCCAGCAGCGCCAGCGCAGGAUUGAGAGGAUCCUGCAGAGCAGCGCCUUCGGCGGCGGCCACGGCGGCACCGGCGAGUUCCGCAGCACCAAGGAGAUUGCCAACAUGGACAGCAGCGAACUUGCCGAGAUGGGCGUGAGCCGCCAGCAGGCCGCCGCCGCCGCCGCCGCCGCCGCCGCGUCCAAAGAGGCUGCUGCAGCAGCCAGCCGUGCGCCCGAGUAUGGUCGUGGUUCGCUCAUGUUCCUCGUCCGCUAUGUCGACAACGUCCGCGAGCUGGGCGACCUGGAGGCGGCCGGCUACCGCUUCGCCGAGCUGCGCCACGUGUCCGGCAUCAUUGGCUCCAGCAUGCAGAUCAAGUCGUGGAACCUCGAGACGAAGCUGCGCGCCAUGCAGACGUACGCACGCGACGCGCCGAUGCUCGAGCCGGGCGUGCACGUCGGUCUCUUUGCCGUGCGCGCGCGCGUCGGCGGCGUCGGCUUCGACGUGCUCGUCGACCGCGAGGCCCGCAACCUGCUCCCGUCUGUGCCCAUUCCGUUUGAGACCCUGCAGCCGUGGCAGCUGGCGUUCCUCCGCCAGCUCGACCGCAUGACGCCCGACCGUGCCAUCCGCCACAUGGCCGGUCUGGAGGCCCUGACGGCCGUCGAAGGCUACUUUGCCUCGCAGCUGAUCGAGGCCAUCAACGCCCUGCGCAGCGGCCUGUCCGACGCCGCCGUCUUCAACGAGUCCGUCCUGUCCGCCAAGGUCGUCGAGGUGCCCUGCCGGCGCAAUGCCGACGGCGGCGGCCCCAGCAUGGCCGCCAUGAUUGCCUUUUGCUGCGUCAUGCCCAUUCAUCAGAACAUCUCCAGCGAGUCGUGCGAGCUCGUGCCCCUCAGCUUCUUCAAGGUCCACCAGCUGGUCGACCCGAACUCGCCGCACCACCUGGACUUCCUGCGCAGCGUCCACCGCGACAUCUUUCCCAUCAUCAACGCCGUGCCCGCUCCGCCCAAGUCCCCCAACGCAGGCAUCCCCGGCAACACCCGUCUGCACAACCUGUACGCGUCACACGGCGCCCUUGGCCGCCUGGGCCGCCACGGCAUGCACGGAACGACCGACGCCCGCAGCCGCGUCGGUUCUGGCCACACCCCGCGCAACUCGUCCCCGCAUGGCUCCAUCAAGGCCAGCUCAACCAAGGAGCUCUGGACGGGCGGCCGCCCGAGCUCCGACAUGGGCACCCAGCCGUCGUCGGGCGACCUGCACGGCCUGGCCAUGAUGGACGAUGCGGCCGCCGCCAGCGGUCCCAUGCAGUCGUCCUUUGGCGGCAUCAUGGUGUCGCAGGAAAUUACCGUUGACGUGCACGCCACCACCGUCGACGAGCAUGCCGAUGCACAGGAUCAGCGGCCGCCUCCGCCACAGCCCCAGCAGCAGGCACCACAGCACGCUGCCGCCGGCGCCAGCGAACAGCGUCAAACCGCAUCCGACAGCCACCCACGUGAGCGUGAGCAUUCACCCGGCGGUGACAGUUCCACCCAGGGUCCCGAGUCGGAUCCUGAGCUGAGGUCCCCCGUGACCGUUGCCGUGGCGCCCAUCCGCGUCAUCCGCAGCCACCGCGAGGAGGCCAACCAGCAGCACAACAUGGGCGUCGGCGUUGUCGUGGCCCGUGCCGUGGCCGAAUCGGAGAGCGAUACGCUGACAUUUGUGGACGAGCUGUUUGGCGUCUGCUUGUCGCAACGGUAG